UAAUCAAAUUAUAAUUUACUCAUCUUCUGUGUUUGAAAUUUGUAUUUAUUUUGUAAAUAGGCGUUAUUUUGUUAAUAAAUAUAAAUAAUUCUAACUCGAUUAAAUAAAUAAACAGGCCGCAAUCCGCAUUUAACAACCCCAAUUAUGCAGAUAUUAGUGAUAGUAUCAAUUUUGUUAGCCGUUUUCAAUGAAUGUUAUGCAAUAUGGUGCUAUCAAUGUACAACAGCCACCCCAGGCUGUGGACAACCUUUCAACUGGCGUGGAGUUGGAUACUUAGGGAAUCCCUGCCCUGACAAUGAAGAUGUAUGUGUUAAACUAAUUGAGCGGAAAGGUGCCAAAGAGGUCAUCACAAGAGAUUGUCUCAGCACAUUCAAACCAUUCCGAACUGAUAUACCAGCUGAUACAUAUGAAGGCUGCCGAAAUGCUGCCAAAGAUGUAAAUUUGGCCAACUAUGUCAAUAACACUGUGAAAGAAUUGGACGUAAAAAGGGACUGGUACGAUGAAACUGUGUGGUGUUUCUGCUUCCUUGAUCACCGUUGUAACAAUGGAUCAACAAAUACAAUUUCAAUGGUAUUACUAACUCUAACAAGUAUCACCUUAUUCACAAAAAAGGUAUUGUUUUGAUCGAUGUAUUAUAAAAAAGAUUCAAUGACACAAAACGGUAGCAAUAAACAAGACAGCUGUUAAACAUUAGGAAACUCGAAGACAAUUUCAAGUUUGUAUAAAAAUUAAUUAUUGAAGCAAAGAUUUAGAUUUAGUAUUCUGGGCUUGUAGCCAUGUGGCAAGUAGAUUCUCUUUCUACAAACGCGAAUGCUUCGAAAACUAAAAAAAAAUAAUGGAAAUGACAGAUCCGAUCGAUAACUUGAUCACAACCUGUCGAUAACAUGUCAUUCCCAUACAUUUUUUAAUUUUCGAAGCGUUUGCGUUUGUAGAAACAGAAUCGACAAGCCAUGUCUACUACUACUAGACAAUGGGCUACUGGCAUAAAACACGCGUAUUAUAAAUCUUCGCUUCAUUCGGGCGUUCAUAGAUGGCACAUUUUUUUUGGAAAGUAUAAUUCACCCUUUCUAUGAAAAUGUUUUUAUAUAGUCUCUUGUCAAAAGGAAAAUAAAAUAAAAUAGUUAUAGUUUCUUCACAUACUAGUUGUGUGAAAUAGAAGUUUAGUGAUAUUAUUUUACACUUAAGAGUUCUCAUGCCUUUGGAUAAGUGCCUUGUCAUUAGUUUGAUAAGUAGUUAUUCAAUUUGAUACAUAAAUAAUACAUAUCUAAGCUACCAAUCUUUAACAGCAACCUUUAUUAGAAAAUAUUUAUAAUAUCAUUUACUAGCUGUUCCAGCAAACAUUUAUUGCCAUAGAAAAAUUUUGGGGUGGACCACCCUUAUCAAUUAAGUAUAUGUAUAUAAAUGUUGGCCGAUUUUAAGACUUAUCGGAUAUGCACACAAAAUUUGAUAAAUAUCGGUCCAACCAUUUCUCAUGGCAAAAUCCUCAGAAAAGGCUGGACCAAUUUUCGUCAAAAAAUGUAACAAACAUGCGACACGAGAAUUUUAUAUAUAUGUUACCGUCAAUGUUUAUAAUUCAGGUAUUCUAUACAAUGGCUUGACAAUGUAUAGAAUACCCGAAUUAUAAUAUGUGGAGCGUUUAGGCUAUGUAUAAAAUAUAUUAAAGUAUGAUUGUUCAUUACAUACAUUACCUAGGGAUUGUAUAAAUGACCUACUGUUCCACCGGCAAUGUGUAUCAUUUGCAUAAUAGCUUUAUAAAAUAAUUGUGUACAAAAUUGUAUAGAGUUUUAAAUAUCAUACAAUUAAUCACUUUCAACACGAGAUUUCUUUACUUUACAAUUAUUGCAACAGAUGAACAUAGCAUACGAGACUCAAGUAUUUAAAAGUGGCUACGUCAGAAGUCUACGCUUUACAAAAAAGGGUAAGGCAGAUAAGACUGCAUGGAGUCGAAUUUAAUCAAAAUUACUCAAUGUACUCAUUACUCACUGUGCGCGUUUACGAUUUUCACGCAGUACAAUUAAAAGCAUUAGUUCUGCGUACCCACCAGCACGUCACCUCUUUGGCUGCGCUCGUCUUACAUACAUUACCGACUAAGCAUCAGGUAUUAUAUACCUAGGAAAUGUUCAAUAAUGUUUCAUACAUUGCCUAGACAUUAUAUAGAACGCCGAAUUAUCCACAUUGCCGGUAACAUGUAUUAGAUAUCAAUAUGAAAUUUUACACAUUUGGUUGCUUUAAAUUGGCAUCUACUUUGUAUUAUAUUAUAUAUGUACUGUUUUUUUUACAAUUUAUUUAAACGUAAGAGUUAUUUAACAAUUACAAUUUACAAUUUUAUGUGAUUAAAUGACAAUAUUCCGUCCAAUUUAUAUUAAGUUUAGCAUAGGUAUUAUAUUUAUACAGAAUUUUUACAUUUCUACCAAAAUAGAUCUAACUGAAAAUCAAUUAAUUAAAUGAAUGUGUGUUUAAUAAAUAAUUAUAAUUAUUAAUUUUUAUGUUAACAGUAAUUUGAUAAUACAUGGUUUACACCUUAA